GAGACCGAUGACAAGACUGGAGCAUCUUCUGAACCAGAGACUGAUGACAGUGAUGAUUGGAAGGAGACCAGAGAACCUCAGUCAGGUUUAAACUCUCUGAAAAACCAUCACGUCUCUGUCAAUGAUUUGGUUGUUGGUGAGAAACGAUUUAGCUGCUCUGAGUGUGGGAAAAGAUUUGGUAAAAGUGGAGAUCUGAAGAGACACAUGAGAUCUCAUACUAGAGAGAAACCAUUUGGCUGCUCUGAAUGUGGCAAAAGCUUUGGUAAAAGUGGAGAUCUGAAGAGACACAUGAGAUCUCAUUCAGGAGAGAAACCAUUUAGCUGUUCUGAGUGUGGCAAAAGCUUUGCUCAAAAUGGAUGUCUGAAGAAACACAUGAGAUGUCAUACAGGAGAAAAACCAUUUAGCUGCUCUGAGUGUGGCAAAAGCUUUUCUCAAAAUGGAAGUUUGAAGGAGCACAUGAGAUGUCAUACAGGAGAAAAACCAUUUAGCUGCUCUGAGUGUGGGAAAAGAUUUGGUUACAGAGGAGAUCUGAAGAAACACAUGAGAUCUCAUUCAGGAGAGAAACCAUUUAGCUGUUCUGAGUGUGGAAAAAGAUUUAGUCGAAAGUUAACUCUGAAGACACACAUGAGAUCUCAUACAGGAGAGAAACCAUUUGACUGUUCUGAGUGUGGCAAAGGCUUCGGUCAAAAGGGAGAUAUGAAUAGACACAUGAGAUGUCAUACAGGAGAGAAACCAUUUAACUGCUCUGAGUGUGGCAAAGGCUUUGGUAAAAGUGGAGAUCUGAAGAUACACAUGAGAUGUCAUACAGGAGAGAAACCAUUUAGCUGUUCAAUUUGUAGGAAAUCAUUUACAAAAAAUGCACAUUUACAGACACACGUAAAAAUUCAUGACUAGAGAAACAGCCAGUCAGUCAACUGGUGGGAGUGUGCUCACAUGUCUGCCAUGAGCGAUGCAGAGAGCAGAGAAGAAUUAGAAAUGUGCGACCAUGUAGAGACAGAAAUGACAUGCCACACAGUUUUAGACAGGUCCUCAGACUCUGUCGUGACAACAACCAAAGCAGCCAGAUCCACAGUGGCCUUCAUGAAAGAUCUAAACCUCUGUGACACCUGGAGACACUUUCACCCCACAACUAGAGACUACUCCUUCUAUUUGUGUCUCCAUAAUUCCCAUACGGGGAUAGAUUUUUUUCUUACAUCUUACCAAUUAACCCAUAGAGUUAUGGAAACUGAAUAUUUAUCGAGGAUCAUGUCAGACCAUUCCCCACUGACACACU